AUGGAAACUGUGCACCCGAUCAUGUCGGCAGCUAGACGUGGCUUGGAUGUGUGUGCCGCGGGCCAUGCGCUUCUGGUGAGGUCUCAUCUCCCACCGAAAAUGAGGCCGGUGCCCGGAUCGCCUCCGCCCAUCCUGCCGGCCUUCCUGGCCCUCACCUUAGUGGCCUUUUUACCUCAGCCGGCCUCGGGAGUCACCCCGUUCCCGCAGGACCUGGAACCGAUCAGCGUCAUUGGCAGGGAAUCCUCGUAUGUGUACCCCAGCUUCCAGGGACUCAUGUCGGACAAUGACACAGUUCGGCUGGGUUUGGACUUCCAGAGGAUGCUGAGGAUCAACCACAUGCUCUACAUCGCAGCCCGGGACCAUGUGUUUGCAAUCAACCUCGCCACUUCGUCUGAGCAGAUAAUCCCUCAACAGAAACUGACUUGGAAGACGAAGGAUGUGGAGAAGUGCACCGUGAGGGGAAAAAACAGCGACGAAUGUUACAACUACAUCAAAGUGCUGGUCCCCCGGAACGACGAGACUCUGUUCGCCUGCGGCACCAACGCCUUCAACCCCACCUGCCGCAACUAUAAGAUGUCAACGCUGGAGCAGGAGGGGGAGGAGGUGGUGGGACAGGCCAGGUGUCCCUUCGAGUCUCGUCAGUCCAACGUGGGCCUUUUUGCAGGUGGUGACUUCUACUCUGCCACCAUGACUGACUUCUUGGCCAGUGAUGCAGUCAUUUACAGAAGCCUGGGAGAAAGUAGUGCUGUACUACGCACAGUCAAGUAUGACUCCAAAUGGUUGCGAGAGCCCCAUUUCCUUCACGCUAUUGAGUAUGGGAACUACGUGUACUUUUUCUUCAGUGAAAUUGCGGUGGAGUACACCACUCUCGGCAAGGUGGUUUUCUCCCGAGUCGCGCGUGUUUGUAAGAACGACAAUGGGGGUUCCCCCAGGGUGCUGGAACGCUACUGGACGUCAUUCCUCAAAGCCCGGCUCAACUGCUCCGUGCCCGGCGACUCCUUUUUUUACUUCGACGUCCUGCAGUCGCUGACCAACAUCCUGCAGAUCAACCACCGUCCGGCCGUCCUCGGAGUCUUCACCACACAGUCCAACAGCAUCACUGGCUCGGCAGUUUGUGCUUUUUACAUGGACGACAUAGAGAAGGCUUUCGGCGGCAAAUUCAAAGAGCAGAGGAACAGCGAGUCGGCGUGGACACCUGUUCCAGAGGAGCAGGUCCCAAAGCCGAGGCCGGGCAGCUGUGCCGGGGAGGGAUCGGCCGCCGCCUACAAGUCCUCCACCACCUUCCCAGACGAGACGCUGACUUUCAUCAAAUCCUACCCGCUCAUGGACGAGUCGGUGCCGUCGGUCAACGACAGGCCCUACUUCACCCGCACCACCAGCCGGUAUAAACUGACCCAGAUCGCCGUGGAUACAUCGGCAGGGCCCUAUAAGAACUACACCGUGGUGUUCCUGGGCUCGGACAACGGCCAUGUCCUGAAGAUCCUGGCCAGCACAGAGGGAGCCAACGCCUCUUUCAGCACCCAACUCCUGGAGGACAUCGAGGUCUACAACCCACACAAAUGCAACGUGCGAGGGGAGGACAGGAGGGUUCUUGGUCUGGAGCUGGACCGCGACCAUCACGCGCUGUUCGUGGCCUUCUCCGGCUGUGUGAUCCGGGUCCCUCUGAGCCGCUGCAGCGAGUACAGCAACUGCAAAAAAAGCUGUUUGUCUUCGCGGGAUCCGUACUGCAUUUGGCUCAGGUCCGGCAGCUGUGCCACAGUCUCACCUGGUUUCAGAGGCGGGUUUGAGCAGGACGUGGAAAACGGCUACAAUCAGCAUCCUGAUACUUGUCACGAUGUCUUGGCGACCACUCGCAGGCAAAACCCGGCUCUAGAUUCAGCGUAUGGGAAGACCACACCCACAAGCGCCAGCACGACCUAUCAUGGGCCGGCAUUUCCAAAGGAGGCAGGUGACUCUGAAAGAGGUACAGGUCCUGAUCGCCCCCCCUCUGUGGGUGAACAAGGGUCACCUGACUCAGAGCCAAUCAGUGUGGAGAUGGAGGGUAAGGGGGAGGGACAUACGUCCCCAUUGAACUCUCACCUGUUGGGGAUUGCGCUGCUGGGCCCCCCGAUCACUGUCCGCUUCUAA